CAUGUUGGAUCAGUUUGAAAGCGAGCGCGGGCGUCGCGUUCCGCUGUGACGGCGGAGCUGGCCUCGAGCAAGCGGAGCCUGGGGCGGGGCGGUGUCCAGGUCGGGGAUGCUGUAUCGCGUCUCCCGUCCGGUAACAGGCGUAGGCUUUCGGUGGAGAGUUGUGGAAGUGUGCGGUUUUUGUUUUUUUUUUUUUUUAUCUCUUUGGGAGACUUCGUCGGUAGUUGAAACUUGUUGCCAUUCGUGUAACAUUUCAUUCUUCGGAAUGAUGGAUUUCCUUUUGGAGAUAGGAACGGAAGUGUUUACGGAAGAGAUGUUUUUAAGAGAAAUGAAUAGAAAUAACCCAUUUUGAGGAAGCCAUGGCAAAAUCAAUUACAAAACACAGAGUUUGUUCUCGGGAAUCUUCAGUAUCUUCUCUGCUAGCAAGCUGCAGCCUGAGUGGUAGCAAUUCCUCUAACUCUGAUGGCUCUUUUCAAUAUAAGGAUAAACUGUAUAGUUCUGCCUCUCAGGCUCUACAGGCCUAUAUUGAUGAUUUUGAUUUAAGCCAGAUGUAUGCAGGCGCAAACACUGGACAGAUUAACAACAAUAGGUGUUCUGCUCAUAUGCCAGAAUUCUCCAACUAUAUUUGUAAACCAAACAAUGCUUUUGAAAAUGUUGAUCACAAAAAAAGCUCCUUGUCCUUAUCCUGUAGAAGAAAGACUGUUAAUGACAUAGACUCCAUUAGCCUAACAACUGAUGAUCUAUUAAAACUUCCAGCAGAUGGAUCAUUUUCUUUUGCUUAUGUUGGAUCAAAUCAUCGAAUUAGCAAGAAAAAGAAGAAAUGCAUUGGAAGACUGAGUUCAUCAGUUACUGAGAAGAAUAAAAAUUUUCAAGAACCCUCCACUCCCAUGUGCAAGGAUAACUUAGUUACUCCCGUUGUAUACACAAAUAUAAAUGGAAAGCAAUGUGGUAGGCUGAAAAACCCAAAACUUGUGAGUAAGACUAAUAAAUGCGUUUCUGAACCAUCUUUACCUUUUUCCAAGAAAUUGUCUUUCGAGGACAGUUCAGAACACAAUCUUGAAAAGAAUUACCCAAGAUGGCUCACUAGCCAGAAAUCGGACCUUAAUGUUUCAGGGAUAACUAGUAUACCUGAUUUCACCUACCCGGUGUGGCUCCACCAUCAAGACUUGCUACCUGAUACAAAUAGUCAAAGGAUAUAUAAAAUAUUUAAAGAAGAUCGGUGUUCCCCUAGACAUAGUUACCAGGCACAAAGAACUUCUCGACUUAUGAAUAAAUUAGAUUGUUUUGAAUAUUCUUUUGAACCCUCAAACAUUUCAGAUUCCUUGAAUGAUGAUAAAGGAUUGAUUAAUGAAUGUAAAUGUGAUUCUCAACAUAGCCAGUGUCAAUGUGAGAAUCCAGUUCUCCCAGGACAAACCAAAAAGCCAUUCAGUGGUGACAAAAUUGAAUUGCUUAUCCUGAAGGCCAAGAGAAAUCUAGAGCAUUGUGCUGAAGAGUUACCGAAGUCUAAGAAAAAGGAUGAUAGUCCUUGUUCAUUAGAUAAACUUGAAGCAGAAAGAUCAUGGGAAAAUAUCCCUGUUACUUUGUACAGCUGUACCCUUUCUGGAGGGAAACAUCAUGGUCCUGUUGAAGCCCUGAAACAAAUGUUAUUUAAUCUUCAAGCAGUACAAGAAAGUUUUAAUCAGAAUAGAACUGUAGAUCUGAAAGAAGAAAUUAAGCAAGUUUCAGAAGACAAUUUCUCUCAAUUACAGUUGAAGGAAAGUAUGGUUCCUAUUACUAGAUCACUUCAAAAGGCUUUGCACCAUUUAUCUCGCCUGAGAGACCUGGUUGAUGAUACCAGUGGGAAACAGUCACCGAAAACAUGAAGAGGAAAAUAAAACAUUCCAACCAAUAAAUCGUCACCACAGAACAAAAAUGUAUAUUUUUCCUAUUCCUUAAACUGACAAAUUAUAACUCAUACAUUAUUCUGUGAUUGGUUCAAAUAUUAUAUGUUUUUUUAAAAACCAAACUUGAAAAUGUGCAUAGAUUUUGUGACCUAUUCUCAUUUAUGCCAAAAUGCUAGAAUGUGAACUUGAAGGACCCACACUGUGUCCUACAGUCUGAUUUUGGUUUUCAGGCCAGCAUAUGUCCUAUAUUCAAAGGUGGAUGAUUUCCGUUCUUGAAGCUUACAUGGAUUUAAUCUUCUUGAACAUCCUCAUCAUUUUAUCAUCUGUUUCUGGAUUAUUAAGAAACUCUUCUUGGUUUCUAUCCAAAAUCUCUUAAGUAGACUUUUUGAUACAAUUAACAUCUACUUUUAAGUAGCUUAAAGGAAUAUCAAAGUUGUUAUGGUGUAUCUUAUCCAUAUAAAGUAUGUUACUUUUAAUUUUCAUAAGUAUUUAAGAUAUGUUGUAUUUGCAAAUAACAUUAAUUUAAUAACAGGGUGGCGCACUGCUAAAGGAACGUUUUAUGUUGUGAAAUCCAAGAGAAAACCUCAUUUAAUUGAUACUUUGAUUCUGUGUAAGAUAAUCUUGGUCUUGAUAGCUUACAAAGCAUUACAGGGGUGUAUAUUUGAGAAUUUAAUAUUUUGAUACUGAUUAUUUCCCAGACUUUAGUUUUGGGGUUAGCUCAAACUAAUAAAAGCUAUGAGAUCAGUGACCAAUUACUUCAUGCAAUUUGAUAAAUAAAAUGAAUAUGGAAAAUCCAAAAGCAA